AUACGAGCUCGGAACUGUAAUUCAAAGCAUGCCAUUACUUUGUUAACUUCAUCUUUUCAGAUAUAAGGAGAUCGGUAUUAUGGAGGUUGAGGCAAAGACUUCAACCGGAGAGGUUGAGAAGUUUAUUCUGAAUAAUACUUCUGAUACAGAACCCCAAAAGACAUCAUUCGGAUGGAUGUGGUUUAGACCAAAGUGUAUUCAGGUGAUCAAUAACCCGCUAGGGUACUGUUUUAUGCUAUGUCUCUUGACUAUAUGUCAAAGUAUGACUUCAUUUGGGUUGGUCUAUGUCAAUCUUACCACCCUUGAGAAACGCUUUGCCUUCAACAGUGUGCAAAGCAGUUGGAUAUCGAGUUCGUAUGACUUCUGCAAUCUCGUCGCCGCUGUUUUUGUAACUUACUUUGGCGAGAAGGGACAUCGACCACUCUGGGUAGGGAUUAGUUCCGUUCUCUUUUCCAUAGGAUCCAUCAUAUUUUCAAUGCCUCAUUUUAUAUCUCCAAACUACGUCUAUCAUGAGACCAUGUCUGAUUUGUGUGGUUUGUCAAAUCAGACAAACUUGUGCGACGGUGAAGCCAUACAUGAAUCUGAUGAUGAACGAUUCCAUUUAUACGCACCCUUCUUUGUCAUAGGUCAGUUUCUUCAUGGUAUAGGAUCGGCAUGCCUGUAUACACUUGGUGUAGCAUACAUCGACGAAAAUGUCCCAACAAGACAUUUUGGAGCAUACAUGGGCGUUUACCAAGGUAUCUGUGUGAUCGGUCCUUCACUUGGUUAUGCACUAGGUGGUGUGUUUCUCAGCAUCUACGGUGAUUUGAAUGUUGAUACCGAUACACUCACAAUAGAUAAGACAAACCCUCUAUGGGUAGGUGCUUGGUGGAUUGGCUUCAUAAUGAAUGGAGUUCUUCUCUUCAUCUUCUCGAUUAUCUACAUGGGAUUCCCAAAAUCUCUUCCAGGAGGAAGUGUGAUCAUGAGAGAUCGUCAGUUCGAGACCCAAAAGGAUUGUGAAUUCACAGGGAAAGAUGGCGCAGUUAACCAAACCAAGGAUUUACCACGAGCUGUGUGGAAUCUUGUCACCAAUCUUCCCUUUAUGUUCAUGAGUAUGACCGUUGUCUUCCAGUUCUUCCUCUUGGCUACUCUUGCUGUCUUUGGACCGAAGUAUAUUGAGUCACAACUUAGCAUGAGUCCAAAUGAGGCUGCGUAUUCUAUGGGUAUAUUGUCUGUGUCAGGUGGUCUCAGUGGUGCUCUCAUUGGUGGAUUACUUGUUAAUCGCCUUGACCUAAAGUUUUCUGGUCUAAUGAAACUAUGUGCCGUAUGUGCAUUUCUGUCGAUGUCGACAUGUUGCGUGUUUACCGCUGUUUGUCCGACAAUCGAUUUUGCAGGAGUAACAGUCUCAUAUGAAAAUAAGAGUUUAUCUUACGAGGGCACUCCGAUCUUAAGUGCACCAUGCAAUUCUCACUGCGUCUGUUCGAACAGCUAUGAUCCUGUAUGUGGGAGCGAUGGAAUUAUGUAUUUCUCUGCUUGCCAUGCUGGUUGUGAAGUCGAUACUCAAAUGAACUCUGAUUGGAGUUUCAUAGAUUGCCGCUGUAUAGAGGACACAAGUACUUCGUCUGGACGGGGAACUGCCACCCCAGGGGUUUGUGACACAUCGUGUCCUUACACUGAACUCUACUAUGCCGCGAUCUUUUUCAUUCUACUCUUCGGUGCCGUGACAGCUGUAUCGACCUGGACUGCUAGCAUAAGAAUCGUUUCACACAAUCAAAGAGCCUUUGCACUGGGAAUCCAAACUCUGAUGUACGGAUUAUUAGGUUGUGUACCUGGCCCUAUCGUCUUUGGUGCUUUGUUGGAUGAGUCGUGUCUCCUUUGGGAAACCAGCUGCGAAGGUACGGGGAAUUGCUGGCUGUAUGAGAAUCGAGACUCUGCUCUUUGGUUUCUUGUUCUCAGUGUGAGCUGUCAGUUUUUAGCCCUGGUAUUCUUUCUCCUUGCUCUGAUUUCAUACCGCCCACCUGACAAACAAGAUCCUAACGAACAUAAGGAUUUCAGUAGUGAUGCAACUAAAGUAGAUUUGUUAAUUGGCCAACUCUAAUGCCAACGCUUGAUCUCCUUUUGGAGAACUAUAUUCUUUGGAUUCGAUUUUGUGAUGCCAAUAUUCUACAAAAAGACUGGAACGGUACUAAUUUUUUUAUGACAACAAACUGCUAGUGAAUGGGGGAAGGGCAAGCGCUCUAGUCGCACCUUUUCAAAGUUUUGACACCGGGGGUUUAUGUUGUUGUUCAUCGAGAUAUAUGUCUUAGGCUGCGUUUAUGCGACCUCAAGCCAGAAUCAUGAUUUGAAUCAUGAUUUGAAUCAUGAUUCAAAACACAAACAUGAAUCACAGUAUCACAGAAUCAGCGUUUAGAUGACCUUCAUUCCAAUGCUGUUUCUCCUCAGAUUCGGGCCAAUCCAGUGCGCAUCACUAGUGCGCAGUUUGACAGAGGAAGUUUUUCGCACGUGUUUCGGCUCUCGAAAAAUCUUUUGCUUCCAAAAUUCAGUCUAUACAUCAUUUUGUUUACUUCUAUCAUAUAGGGUCCAUAUGCUUCUAUUAAUCUUGUUAGUUUAUCCAAAAUGGUGUUCGGAAGUGAAUUUCAGCGUAGAUCCAAUUUAAUAUUGAUAAUGUAUACUCAACAACAACUGAGAUCAUUGUCUGUCCAGUUAAUUCAUUUACUAGAACUUGAAGUUGAAGACAUGACCAAAAAAUAAACAGUAGUGGACGAUGCGAUGACCAACACAGAACUUGAACAUGACAAGAAAUGCAUGCAUAGUACAUAAUCAUCUACAUACAAUGAGCAUAUAUAGAGCGCAUUGAGCUUGGCAUUAUAGUCAAACCGAAAGUAGCCCGACACAGUGAGGUCAUAUAGAAUCAUGAUUCAAAUCACGAUAUCGUUUAUUCGAACAUUUUCGUACGUGAUUCUGCAGAAACGUCUUUCCAAACGCCCCUUUUUUCGUGUUUCAUGUUUGUGAUUCUAAUCAUGAUUAUAUUCAAUUUCGACUAAACGCAAUCGUGAUUCUGCAGAAUCAUGAUUUGAAUCAUGAUUCAGAUCAUGAUUCUAGGGUAAAAAAGUGGCGGAUAAACGCACCCUUAAAGCCACACCGCCUUUCUCCCCUUUUAUCUAUUUCCUAAGUUUGUUCUCCACUGUCUUACAUUGCACCACAUUGGAUUUAGGGCAUUUGCCUCAUUGGCCCCUUACUACUCUACUACUACCUUUAAGUUGACAAUUAGAUUGUAAUUGCAUCCACACUAAAACAAGAUUUUUCUUUCAACAAUUAGUUUAUAUCAAAUUAGGAUAUA